CCCUCACGCUACACUGCUUGCCUCACUGCGAACAUGACUCUGGAUGAAAGAGUUGGCAGUUUCAUGCCGAUCGUAUCACCACCCACUCCAGCUCCUUCACCUCGACCAUCCUUUCCCUCCCCCUUCUACCCCGAUUCAAGCACCCGAAACACAUCCCCAUCCCCUUACGAUCCCUCAAUCCCAUCCGAGUUUUCAAAUCUAACCGGAAAUCCCGCCUCUCGCAAACAAUACCUCGUCUCCAUCCUCCACGAAUGUUCCCCAGCCGAACUCCGCUUCAUCUCCCAAACAAUCACCCCCAUGCUCAAACGCGAUGUCCUAACAGAACUACCCGCAGAACUCGCCCUCCACAUCCUAGCUUAUGUUGACGACCCACGCACUCUCGCACGCGCAAGUCAAGUCUGCAAACGUUGGCACGACCUCGUCUCAGAUGACUGGCUAUGGAAGGUCUUAUGUGACACUUACAGCUUCCGGGCUGAUACAGAAGACAAGACGGGCACUAAAGUCUUGGAAGACGACGAAUCUUGGGACGAAAUGGAUAAAUUCGGUUCGAAUCCAAUCGAUCCAUGGCUCACCGCGCGAGAUCGACUCAAACGGCAAGAACCCUCUGUAUCACAUUGGGGACCAUACUCCUCCGAUGAACUUCUUCUUCCAAGAACUCAGUUUUCUCAUCAGGAAUAUUUCAGGCGUGCUUAUGGUACAAUGCUCAAUCUGAGAAAGGGCGGUAGCAUCCUCCGCGCUCACCGCAUGCCCAUCCCAACACCCGACAGCGGUGUCAUCACAUCCGUUGCCCUCGACACCGAAUGGGUAGUCGUCGGCCUCGCAAACUCCAAGAUCCACAUGUUCAGCGCAAUCACAGGCGUACUCAGCCGAACUCUUGUGGGACACGAGCAAGGCGUAUGGGCAGUUAAUCUCGUCUGUCGUGGCGGGUAUUGGGGUCGUGGAGAGAUGGAUGAAGAUGGUUACCCGGAUGAUGCAGAUGAUCCAGUCGUACCCGCUGGCCUAAAGACCGCCCUCGGCAUCGACAGACCAAGGCGAAUGCGACGCCCAGCGAGCGUUGGAGGCGACUCCUCGAAGCCGAGCGAUAUUUGCUGUACCAGCGAAGGAUGGGGCCAGCCCAACUCUAUCAUUGUCAGUGCUAGUUGCGAUAAGACGCUACGCGUUUGGGACGCCAGAUCUGGCCAUUGCAUCUACGUCCUCCGUGGGCAUACCGCUACAGUCAGAUGCGCCCGAGUACUGCACAACCGUCCGAUCGCAGUGACAGGCUCUCGAGACUCCACUCUACGUGUUUGGAACAUACAGAAGGGUGUUAUGCUCCGCGUACUCCAUGGCCACACUGCGAGCGUAAGAUGUCUCGACGUAUGUGGCAACAAGGUCGUCAGUGGAAGUUAUGAUACCACAUGUCGAAUUUGGGACGUUGAUACCGGUGAAUGCUUACGAGUCCUCCGAGGUCACAGUCAUCAAAUCUACUCCAUCGCAAUCGACGGUAACCUUGUCGCUUCAGGGGGAAUGGAUACCAUCGUCAGAGUGUGGGACGCAACCACAGGAAACUGCGUCGCUCAACUCACAGGCCACACAGCCCUGGUCUGCCAACUCCAACUAAGCACUACCACAAGCCUCCUUGCAACAGGCGGUUCCGACGGCCGCGUCAUCACAUUCUCCCUCCGCUCAUUCAGCGCCCUUCAACGUCUCGCAGCCCACGACUCCAGCGUCACGUCACUCCAAUUCGACGCCAAUUUUCUUAUUACGGGUGGCAACGAUGGAAGGGUGAGGGUGUUUGAGACACAGAACGGGAUGUAUGUUAGGGAUUUGAGUGAGCGGUGUGAGAGCGUGUGGAAGGUUGCUUAUAAGAAGGGGACAUGUGCAAUUAUGUGUAAGAGGGCUGGGAAGACGGUUAUAGAGAUUUGGACUUUUAAACCCAAGGAAAGAUGAUUUUUCAUGACUCGUUGUAGGGAUGUAAGAUUGUGAUGAAUGUACGUUGUACCAAGCAUUAAUUGAAUCUGGUUUGGUUUGAUGGAUUCAGGUGGGGAGGAUGGUGUACAAAAAAUAUGGCCAACGUGGGGAUCGAACCCAAGACCUUCG